AUGGUAAAGGCGAAGGCCAAGGCAUACGCCUUGUCACCGCCUCCAACCAAACGGUGUACAUCAAAGACAUCUCCCAAGAUAGCUUGCGCGCCCCGGGCCGCCGCCGCGACCGCAGUGAAGAGUCGACCCGCUCCUCGUGAUCGCGGAGCUGCUCCUCCAGCCAGUUCCAAGCCUGAUGCUCCUGACCCAUUGCCCUUGGUCGGCGCAGAGAACAGUCAGCGAUGGACCUUCUUGAAGAGAUUGUUCAUGUGGCCGAUCAGGGCAUUAGAUAUCUUCUACGAUAGCCUGCUCAAGGCCCAGAGAGAUCUUCCGGAGAAACCAGAAGUGUUGAAGCAGGUUCUGGACAACAUGAAGGGCUUCACUAUUUCCACAUCUUUCAGCGGCAUUGACACUCCAGCUACAUCAUGGCUUAGUUUAGCUCAGGGUAUCACCUCCACCUUAGAGAUUCCAUUUGAAGAUGCAACGUUGCCUUCAAAUCUCUACGCUGUGGAAUGGAACAGGAAGUGCCGAGUGGAGCUGGAACAUCAUCCCCAUCCACCAGAACACAUCUUUGGAGAUAUCAACCACUUUUGGGCCCCUGGGAUGAAAAACAAAGUGGAGCGUUUGAUAGAGCAGAACAUGUACCAAGAGGCUGGAUGGCAGGGCCCCACGUUCCUGGCUUUCUUGUGCUGGGUGUGUAUGCGCUUGGAUCAGCAGGAAGAGACCUGCAUCCAGGAGAAUGUGAAAGAGUUUGAUACAACGUCAGACUCGCAUGGUCGUUUCUUGUGCGGCAAGGAAGCGCUCUUGGCGCAGGGAUUUCCAGUAUACUCCAGCCUCUCAUCCAACAUCAAGCAUGAGGUGCCUGACUCCAAUGCUCCAUUGGUCACAGAAAAGUACACAGCCAACACCUUCAAGUCUGCCAGGGCGUUCCGUCGAAAGUUGGUGAACCACAACUGCUUGAAAGAUUGGGAAACUUUCUUUGCAUCGGAGACGGACUUUCUUGAUCCUUCAUUGAAGCAAGAGGUUGCCUUGAACAACAUGAACAACUUCGCCACACUCAUCGACGCACACUUUACGGGACAAGAUUCGGAGGCGAUAGGGGUUGUGCUGGUGGAGGCUUGCAAAUUCUGUGUGCACAUCUCAGUGCCACUGCUGCCGCCGACAGCAGGGGCGAAUGAUGCACAGACACAGGAGCACGGUUCCAGACGACCUCCCUAUCUCUUCAAGAAAACCGCUGAAGCAGAGAUGGUCGAUCGCCUUCGCUGUCCUGUGUCAGGGGCAAUCUAUAUCAAGAAACUUCUCCAGGCCACUUCAGAUCUUGCUGAUCCUUCCAACAAGCGCAAGAGAGCCAAAGCGCCUGAUCUCACAGAGGAGACCGCCGCAGCAAAGAAGAAAGCCAAGUCCGGAGCAAAGGCUUCUGGGAAGGCCAAAGCAAAGGCCAAAGCGAGAGCUGACAAGGGUGUCCUGCAGGCAGGGGAAACAGAGGAAACUCUGAAUCAGGGAGUGGCCCAAGUGUCCUGGGGAGGCAAGAUGGAAACUCGUUCCCGGUAUUGGCUUGACGACGUGCUGGCUGCUUUGACAUGUGUCUUCGGCAACGGUGCUGCUGAUGCUGAACAUGAUGGGUUUCACAAGUCGCCUGUGUUCCGCCUGGCUGUCUCUUAUGCAUUGGAGUUCUGCUUCGCCGGCUCAGUCGCCCUCCAGAAGAAGAAGUUCACAACUUGGUCAAAGCUCCGACCUGCCUUGCAGAAGCUUAUCAGUUCGUACUUGAAGCAGUCUUUGGGUCAGUUGCCAACUGGCACUGAUCUUGAAGAUUUGUUGCAGCAGUUGAUUGCAGAGGCAACGUCUCAGAACCCAUGCCCAGCUCUGCAAGCUGCGCUGGCGGCGAGCAAAUCUGAGAAGUCAGGUCAUGGUGGUGGCGCCAACUUGUGGUCCUUGUCGAAGACAGUUUUGGCCAACAAGGAGGCGCUAUCUUUGUGCGAGCAGUUCCUGAAGAAGAACAAUGACCCAAACCCUCGCAACCACCAUGCCUUCAAGCUCUAUUUGGAUCGAUGCAGAGUUGUGUGCUGUACUUGCAAGGGACCUGAAGCUUGGGAUCCACAGACAUGUGACUUUCAUGACAAGUGUAGCUUCACUAUUCCCGACCUCCUCGGCGGACUUGCGCAGGUUUUUGAGCAAGCAGGUGACGCAGAAUCUUUUGGCUUGAGUCAGCCGACCAUUACUUUGGUUGGGGCAGCGGCUUUGGCGCAGUGCAUUCAUUUGACCAAGGAGCUCCAGGAUGAUGUGAACGCUAGCAGCGUGUGCCCUCUAGAGAGCAUUGGGAAGCAAGUGAAGUUCAUGCUGAAGGAAGUCGCAUCGGAUGCCUCAGCGAACCUUCAGCCUAGCUCUGAGAGCAAGAGUGACAACACUGACAAUGCUCAGCGACAACGGUUGCAGCCAAAGUGGUGCUUCAACGAACGCAUCUUGGACAGUUUGCUUUGUUCACGGGCAAAGUACUUGCUUGCAGCUGCUUCUCAUUUGAUGUGCCGCCCUGCCUUCAAUGCAAAGGUGCCUGCUGGACCCAGCAACCGGAAGUUCAUAUUCUUUGAUGACUUGGAUGAACAUGAGGUUGAGCUCCUGCACAUGGUUCUCAAGGAGCUAUGCAGCUCGACUGUAGGCAUCUCCGACCCUACGUUUGUUUGCAACGUCGAAGCCCGCUUUGCUUUUCAGAACCCUGGCAGUGAGUGUGAUACGCUGGACAGCUGGCCGGCCAUGUGGAGCAAAGUGUUGAUGGAGGUGGUGAAGAGGGGCGCUAAGGAGUUGAGUGCGCAAGAAGUGAUGGAUCCAUCCUUUCAGCCAAGCAAGCUCCUGAAACUCCUGCCUGCGCCAGCCCGCAUGUGUCCUAAGAGUUUCUACACCAGUGGUGGUGGAGGUCCUGAGGCAAGUUCGACUGUGAAGACAGAAGAGCUUGGCAAGCAGGUUGGUCAGAGUAGCGCUCAGGAUUCGGGUCUUGCAUCUUCUUCUGGCCCCCCAUCCUUCUACGAGGUUUUGCACAUGCAUGAGAUUCCCAACGCCAAAGCUCAGACCGUCAACGUGAUGGACGUCUUGGUUCUCAAGUCCACGAUCGAAGCGCACAUCUUCACUCAUGCAUUGAAAAACAGCUCCGAGAAGCUUUUGAAAUUGGUGAAGAUCGACGGCAAGAAUGGGGCUGUGGUGGAUCACCUAGCUUUGGUCUCGCCAGAGGGGGAUUUGGCCAAUUCUGAGAAGCAGGAGAAGUUGUUUGCUUGGGGGACACUGUCACUGGAAGGUGGCAACAAGAGUGUGAAGGUGGGCACAAUGGACCUUGGAUUCACGGUGGACCUCUUCCUCACCCCAGAGGGAGCAAACAAGCCUUCUUCGUACGCACCAUGCGCAGUUUGGUUCACCAAGCCGGGCUACACAGAGCCAAAGGCCAUGUUCCGACUUGGCUUCCAGGAGGAGACUUUGACAUUUGCGGACGCAGCGGGGCAAUCCCGCACGGUUCACUUGUGUCUGCCCUACAUGCAGCUGCGGCACGAGGCCAAUUCGGCUGCGAUCCAGUUCUUGAUGAAAUCACCAGCAAUUCAACAAGCGGUUCUGAUGACCAGGCCCUGGUUUGAAGGUGAGAAACCAAUGCCUUUGAAGAGCAAAGCGCCCAAGCUCAUGAUUGGUGGGGCGGUCAUGAGCGCCACUAAGACUGAGGAUCCUGACUUGAAGAAGCCUGAACCUUUCGCUGAAUGUUUGGUAAAUGCAGCAGUUGUGCCGAAACACUCGACACACUUGCUCAAGUAG